AUGACUAGCAAAGCUCCAGCCUUAUCAACUUCUCAAACUGAAGAAACAUUCUCUUUCCAAAAGUAUGAUACCAAUGCACAUAACAGAGAUUACCUGGGUGAUUUAGCUUCUUCAGACUUAUUCACUGCUAUUAAAAAUUAUUAUAAUGUAGAUAAAAUAGCGGAUUCGUUGAUCGGAACAGAUUACAAGCGUGUUACUUUACAAUUUCCCGAUUCUUUAAUCUGUGAUUCCAGCAUCGUGUUACAAUUGCUACAAUCAAAUCCUAAAUUGCAAAACAUAAGAUUAUAUACUUUGGCUGAUACUGCAUAUAGCCCAUGCUGUGUAGAUGAAGUUGCGGCUGAGCAUGUUGAAGCUGAAUUAGUAAUUCACAUGGGUGACUCUUGUUUGAACAAUGUGUCCAAACUACCAGUAAUAUAUUCAUUUGGCAUACCAGUAAUUGAUAAACAUGCAGUUAUUGAGAAAUUUGUUAAAUCUUAUCCAGAGAAAACUGAAAAAAUAUGUAUCAUGGCUAACGCACCAUAUACAACCUAUCUAUUAGAUAUAUAUGAAGAGUUACUAUCCAAAGGUUACACAAAUUUAGUUUCUUCUUCAAUUGAUAAAUCCCAAUUGGAUGAAAAUAAUAUUGUUAUUGAUGAUAUUUCAAUACCAUCUGACUACUCUAAGAUUAUCAAUUUUGGUAAACGUAUCAUUUACACAAAGACUCCAAUAUCUGAAGAAGAAUUCAAUACCCAAGAUUAUAAAUUAUUUCAUUUUACCAAACCAAGUGAUUCAUAUCUUCUAUAUUUAACUACAAAAUUUAAUUCGGUUACUAUUAUUAAUCCAGACUCGCUUGAAAUAUUUGAUGGUCCAUUACCUUCCUUGAUGAAAAGAUACAAAUGCAUGCAUGUGGCUCGUACUGCGGGUACAAUUGGUAUAUUGAUUAAUACUUUAUCAUUAGAAAGAACAAAUGAAUCGGUCAAUAAAUUAAUUUCACUAAUUCGUUCCCAUGAAAAGAAACAUUAUCUUUUCGUUGUUGGUAAGCCAAAUGUUCCAAAAUUAGCUAAUUUUGAAGCAAUUGAUAUUUGGUGUGUUGUUGGUUGUAAUAUGGGUGGUAUGAUUUUGGAUCAAACAAAUGAAUUCUAUAAACCAAUAAUUACACCAUAUGAAUUAACGUUGGCUCUCGAAGAUGAAGUUACUUGGACAGGCGACUGGGUUGUUGACUUUAAUAAAGCUCUACAAGAUAUUGAAAUUGAAACUACCGAAGACAGCCAAAAACAAGAUAAAAAAGAAUAUUCAGAUGAACCUGAAUUUGAUGCUGUUAGUGGUAAAUUUGUAAGCACAUCAAGACCUUUGCGAAACUUAAACUAUAUCGAUAUUCAAUUAGAAAAUGAAGCUACUGAUUCAACAUCUAAACAACUUGUGCAGAAUGUAUCUGGAGGAGUUAUUGUGAAGGGCACAGUUUCUACCUCUGCGUCUAUACUAGCAAAUAGGUCCUGGCGUGGUCUAGGCCAUGGAGAUGAUGAGGGUGAAACAGACGAUGAAGGUGCAGAAAUUGAAGAAGGUAUUUCUGGUGUAGCAAGAGGAUACGAUAUGGAUAAAGAUAAAUUGUAA